AUGGGAAAGACCGUAAUCGGCAUUACCGUGGUGGGUCGCGACCACGAGGGAGUGGUGGCGGCGUUUACCCACUUUGCUUUUGCAAACGGGGGAAACAUCGAGAAGAUGAACCAGAAUGUCAUCCACGGUCUCUUCGGAAUGUACCUAGAAGUGUCGUUUAGCAAAAAGAUUGAUGCCAAGGAGCUGGAUCGGCGCAUACAGGUGCUGGCAAAGAAGGAAGACAUGGAUGUAAGCACCCACCACGAGACGGCAUCGCGGAAGAACAUUGCGGUGUUUGUAACGCGGGAGCCGUUGUGCCUUGAGACCCUGCUCAAGGGGAGGCGCACGCUGAUGGGUAAGAUCUGCGUCAUAGUGGGAACCGAGGAGACCCUGGAACCAGUCGCAAGGGAGGCCGGCGUGCCCUUUGUAUUGGUAAACCACAAGGUGCAGGCAGAGGCAGAGAACAGGCUGCUGGCCAUCUGCAAGGAGUAUGACGUCGAUCUUAUCGUGCUUGCAAGGUACAUGAGAAUCCUCACGCCAAGCUUCGUGUGGAGGUAUCCCAACAGGAUCAUAAACAUACACCCUUCCCUGCUUCCAGCGUUUCCGGGAGCGUUUGCCUACUCGCAGGCCUACGAGAGGGGCACCAAGAUAGUGGGAGUGACGUCCCACUAUGUGACAGAGAAUCUGGAUCAGGGCCCCAUCAUCUUUCAGGGCUCCUUUAGCGUGGAUCCUGAUGACCCGUUGGAGCAGAUAAAAAAGAGGGGACAGGAGCUGGAGUCAAAGACUCUACUGCGCGCAGUAAAGAUGCACCUCUCCAACAGGCUCGAGGUUCGCUGGAGAAAGGUCCACACCAGAUCCAAAAAGCCCACCGGACAGCUCUAUCCCAUGCUGGAUAUGAUGUUUGGCGGAACAAGUUCAGCGCCAGAUCCAGGAGACGGAUGA